CUGUUUCGCUGCGUGCUCAGCCAACAAGUCCGCAAUUCCGUCGUGUCCAGUGUGAAGAGAGACGGUCUCAUGGCGCUUCUGCAAGGACUUGCUUUGGGACGCUCCUCACGGCGAUCUGAGAGCAGUCGCACAACCGCCACUGGACAGGGCGACUCGAUUCAAGAGCAGGGCGGCAAUCACUCCCUGUGGUGGGUGCUAACCCGAUGCGAUAAAGAGGCAUCCCGCUGGGGAGCAAGUGACUGUGACAGCCUGGAGCAAAGUGCCAUUGCAGUGCCUGACUAUAACCAGACCAGAGAAAGAAACGACGGGAUGGAGUCAGACAACUGUCAAUUCCCAGAGAACAGGUGUCCGACUGGUUUCAGCGGUCUAGACAGGUCACUGAAAUCCGUGGCAGUAACUAGAUAUCCCACAAUUGACGAGGAACCCGACCCGGACUGCUAGAAGCCUGCAAUCCCCAAGCAUAAUGCAAUUCCCUAGAUGUCACUGCACUGACAACAUAAGAUGACCUAUGUAAGUCAUUAGGUUCUCUUUACGUAACGCUCUGAAUUGCAGGCUCCUUUCAUUCCUCUUAUUUCCAAAUCAAAUAAGAAAAGUGACCUAUAAAAAAACCUUCAGGUGUUUGUAACAUGUUACAGUGCAGGUUAUGCAUGUAAAAUUAGAAAGAAAUCAUCAAUCCGAAAUAUUUAGAAAGCCUACAAUUUUGUUACUUAUCUUUGCCAUAAAAGUAAAAUAAUUAAUUGCGUUAAUUUUGUAAAAUAAAUAAAAUAAAUUCUUUUAACUAACGGGUUAGUGCAGCGGGAACACUCUUCAAUCGCAUUGUGGAAGUGCUCGGUUCAAAUCUCAGCCAGAGCACUGACUACCCUGACUGAAAUUUGUAAUGGUUCUCUUCAACCGCUCUUCGAAAAUGCAAGAACAGUAGCUUAAUUUGGGCCAUAUGAAAUUUUUUAUAUUGAAAAUAGAGGAACUGUGUUGGAAGAAACUGUGGACCUGUCGUCUGACAGAUUACUGAUGAUGAUGAUGAUGAUGAAAUCAUUACUCGUUAGCGUCCUCUCAUUGGAUGCUAUAUACCCUUUCGGCUUCAUUAUAUAAGCCACAAAUAAAUAAGAAAAAAAACAUUUUAGUUUCGUUUCACGUAAGUUUCAUUUGCACUACUUUUAUUGCCUACCAAAACACCUUACAUUUAAUUAGU